AUUUGGUGGUUGGAGUACACUCAGCAACAUCCCACUUGUGUGUGUCAUAUGUUUUAAAGAACUGGAACACAUCUCUCUCUCUCCAACACACACACUGUGAUCUCUCUCUCUCUCUCUCUCUCCCCUCCAGUCCCCUCUUAACCAUCUCCGGAGUUGACAGAUCAGAAGGGAAUUGGGGCAGAAAGUGAAACCAACUGAUCGCUGUUAAAGUUAGUCCCUGAAGUUUACACCUUCACUGUGUGUUGUGUGUGGUUCCGGGUGAGUAUCACAGAACCAGAGAUCACAGCCCAGAGAGAGAGAGAGAGAGAGAGAGAAUUCAGGAUGAGUGUGAAGGUGGGCCUGCGAGGGAUCCACGUGGACCGCUCCGAGCUGCUGUGUAAGGAUGGCUGCGGUUACUAUGGGAACCUGGCCUGGCAGGGAUACUGCUCCAAGUGCUGGAGAGAACGCAGCCCGAGACAGCAACCCAGGCCGGAGCUGAGCCGAGAGCCGGAGUCCGGGGCUGUGUCGGGCAUCACCUUCUCUAAGUUCGAGGAGAAGAAGAGCAGCGAGAAGGGCCGGAGAGUCAGCACCGUCAGGAAACUCUUCGCCUCCAAGAUCGGAUCCAAACGAGGGAAUCUGGAGCCGGCCACGCCCGGCGCUCACACCUCCGCCUCCAUCAGGCCCGGGGAUUUCAAUGAGUUUCUCAAGUCGCUACGGAAACCGUCCGAGCAAAUCGUCCAGAAGCGCUGCCUCCACUUCAUCCACCGACUACAGGCAACGGCGGAUCUCCGUGUUCAGGCUCAGUCUGACCUGGUGCAGGAUUUCUACCAGAACAUCACCAGCCACUUUACCGGCCAGUCUCUGGAGCACACGGAGAGGAUGAUGGACAACGUGGAGAAGUUUAUCAUGACGAGGCUUUACUGCAGUGUGUUCUGCCCGGAUGACUCCGAGGACGAGCAGCAGGACCUGGUGCUGCAGCGUCGCAUCCGGAGCCUCCACUGGGUGACGCUUCAGCUACUCCAGGUGCCCCUCACCGAGAGGUCGGAGGUAACCGAACACCUGGACUCCGCCAUCACAGCGAUCAUCGAGGUGGACGCCAAGCGAGCGCCUCAGGACAAGCUGGCCUGCGUCUCCCGCUGCAGCCGACACAUCUUCUCCGGCCUCCGAGUCUCCAGCCAGGAGCCGGCCGCGGCCGACGACUUCCUGUCCAGCCUGAUCUACGUGGUGCUGAAGGCCAACCCUCCCCGGCUCCAGUCGAACAUCCAGUACAUCGUCCGCUUCUGCCACCCCAAACGGCUGAUGACGGGCGAGGCCGGUUAUUACUUCACCAACCUGUGCUGCGCUGUGGCUUUCAUCGAGAAGCUGGACGGUCCCUCCCUCAACCUGACGCAUGAGGAGUUUGCCGAGUACAUGCACGGUCGCGGGAAAGCGGCAGCGCCGAAGCCGGAACGCCCGCUCCCGGACGGAGCGGGUCCCGGCGUCCGGAGAAUGCACCGGAACCUCCAGCUGCUGGCGGAGCUGAGCGCGAGGCAGGAGCGCAUCCUGAGAAACGCCAGGGAAUUGGAGUCCGAACUCCUGGAGUGGACGCGCUCCGUCAGAGAGGAGGUGGAAGAGACCAUCCGGAAAUUCCCGCUGCACAUUAAGCGGGCGGGAUGAAACGCCCGCAUGUCCCCUCGGCGGGUUUGAGCCCGAGAACAUUCCCAGCACCACGUGGUUUGCACAGACUUGUCGCACUGCAGACCAACAGCGAGAAGGAUUCGCGUUAAUUAUUAAUAUAUGUUAAAUACGGAAUAAAAGCGAUCAGAAGAUUUCACCAA